AGCACGUGUGACGGCUCAACAAGCACUGUCGACACGAAGCUUUACGGGAACGUGAUGACGAUGUUGUACUACUCGUCAAUCGGGAGCUAUGACGCGAAGACUGGUAACUGCACGACUCCUGCUACCCCGACGCAUCUGGUGACAACCACGGUGCCUGUGGAUACGUGCACACCUACGUCUACAUUCAGUGAUACGGCCAACGUGUUUUCUGGUAUCUCGUGCAGCUCUUCGUACUCUCACAAGCAGGACACUGCGGCCAUAUUUGGUUCAAAGGCAUACGUGAUUGUGGAGAAAUACAUUCUACUGCUCUCGAACAGCAAACUGUCGAGCAUUGCAGCGUACCUGGCGGACGGUAAAUGCCACAUGACCGGCCUGUCGGCAAGUUACGCGGCGACACGGGCGGCCGACGGAUCGGCCAUGAUCAAAAUUUAUGCGGACUCCGCGACUUGUGCCACGGCAGGA